AGGCUUGAUGGGGGGGGGAGGGACCCCGCCGCCUGGAUUGGGCUGACCGGAAACGGCGGCCCAUGACCAGUCUCGGCCCUAGUUCUCCCAAGUCCUCUCCUUCCUCAAAUCGAGUCGCCUGGCCCGUUGCUGCCUCGGGCGCCAUGCGCUGGCCUUUGAUCCAGCGAGUAAUUACGGGAUGCAGGUGGCGGGAGGCUCAUUCAUCUAUUUCCCCCGCGCGUGCAGACGGGCGGCAGGAAACACGUCCUGGGAGGGGAAGCAGCAGGCCAAGGUCAGCACCGUGUGGGUCGUACUGGGCCGCCUGGACGCACUGUUGCCUUCCUCCCCCUGGGCGGACUCGGGGCUGGGUCCAGCGCGGAGCCCCGCCCCCAGUCUGUACAAGAGUAGGUCAUAGGGUGACCCCCAAAUCCCGGGCAUGUAUGCCCCUGCACUUGCAAAAGGUCAGUCGGAAACGUGAUCCACAGACGAAGAAGUGAGUGGAGGAGAGUGAACCGACACCUGUCUUAACACCAGGAAAGGAAAAUGAACAAGAAGUAGGGAUGGAAAGCAGGAGCUGAGGCCUGACCCAGUACAGCCUUAGGCUGUACUGAAUUGCCCAGGCUCCAUGUUUGGCGUUGUUGAGGAUCUAGCUGAGACCUGGCCUCUGCUCUGGGGGAGGCCGUGUCUCAAGAGGAAGCUAUGCUUUGGCUCUCAGGAAGAAAAGGGAGUCAUUCCUGUCUCCACAGACCUUGAGCUGAAAUCAUCCCUUGCCUGGUGGGACCCAGACAUGGAGCUUCGGGAAGAAGCUUGGUCUCCGGGGCCACUGGAUUCCGAGGACCAGCAGAUGGCCAGUCAUGAGAACCCAGUGGACAUCCUCAUCAUGGAUGACGAUGACGUCCCCAGCUGGCCCCCGACCAAGCUAUCCCCACCCCAGUCUGCACCUCCUCCUUGGCCCCUCCCCCAAUCGCAGCCACCAGCACCCUACAUCUGCACUGAGUGUGGCAAAAGCUUCAGCCACUGGUCGAAGCUGACACGGCACCAACGCACGCACACAGGCGAGCGGCCCAACGCCUGUACCGACUGCGGCAAGACCUUCUCGCAGAGCUCGCACCUAGUGCAGCACCGGCGCAUCCACACAGGCGAGAAGCCGUAUGCCUGCUCAGAGUGCGGCAAGCGCUUUAGCUGGAGCUCCAACCUCAUGCAGCACCAGCGCAUCCACACGGGCGAGAAGCCUUAUACUUGCCCCGACUGCGGCCGCAGCUUCACACAGAGCAAGAGCCUAGCCAAGCACCGGCGCUCCCACAGUGGUCUAAAGCCCUUCGUGUGCCCGCGCUGUGGCCGCGGCUUCAGCCAGCCCAAGAGCCUGGCACGCCACCUGCGGUUGCACCCAGAGCUGUCAGGGCCAGGUGUGGCAGCCAAGGUGUUGGCAGCCAGCGUGCGGCGCGCCAAGGCACCUGAGGAGGCCACAGCAGCGGACGGCGAAAUCGCCAUCCCAGUGGGCGAUGGCGAGGGCAUUAUUGUGGUGGGCCCGCCAGGGGAUGGCGCUGCAGCGGCCGCGGCUCUGGCCGGGGUGGGGACGCGUGCAACGGGGACACGGUCGCGCAGGGCGCCGGCGCCCAAGCCGUAUGUGUGCAUGGAGUGCGGGAAGGGUUUUGGGCACGGGGCUGGGCUGCUGGCCCACCAGCGUGCUCAGCACGGGGACGGGCUCGGGGUAGCUGUUGGUGAGGAACCUGCACACAUCUGCGUGGAGUGUGGUGAGGGCUUCGUGCAGGGUGCCGCGCUGCGGAGACACAAGAAGAUCCAUGCAGUUGGGGCGCCUUCGGUCUGCAGCAGCUGCGGACAGAGUUUCUAUCGGGCGGGUGGAGAGGACGAUGGCGAGGACCAGUCGGCUGGUGCGCGGUGUGCAGAAUGUCGGGGUGGGGAGGCCCGGUAGGGACGGGGAGGCCCGGGGGGUGGACAGGGCCCCUCGGGCUCGGUGAGAACUACCAGUGAGCAAGUCCACGAGGGAGGCCCAGAGAGAAUCAGACCUAAAGGAGCAGCGGCCUUGUCUCUCUCCUUCCUUACUCCGUGCUGUUCUGGGUGUGAGGGAACCCGCAACUAUUGGGUUCUUAGGACUGUCCACAGCCUCUCUGCUGACCCGCCCUACCGCCUGGUGGGCUGGCCCUUUGUAGGUUCCCAUUCUGGGAGCCAGAGACUGAGAGAACUGCAAGGAUCAAUUGGCACUAGACCCUCAAGGGAAAGACCACCCCCACUACAGGUGUCGGGCUGCGAUGUCGUAAGGAAUGGAGGGAAUCCUGGCCUUAUGCAUCGAAAGGGCUUCCUUCCCUUCUAGAAUUUUCUUUCAAUCAUACUUUUUUGACCCCUCUCAUCCAAUAUACCUUUUCUGCCCCAUGGGUCCUUACCAAUUUUCUAGCCCAAGUCGUUCCUCUCCUGGAUUUGCAGUAGCAGAGGCGUAAAGUAGCCUCCUGUUCCCAGCACGGUCUUAUUGGGAGGAUGGGGUCCUGGUUUUUCCCUGUCUUGGCAGUGGAAGAAGGGAUGUGGGGGCAAUAAAUGGCAUUAUUCAAUUGUCCCAGCACUGCCUGUUUCUUGAGUUUGUGAUGGAGAAGGGAGAGAGGUUAAACCUAGUCAUCCUCACUUGGGUGCACACAAGUGACAAGCACCAGAUGAGGGGUGACCGUGUUGGGCCCAGAGUGUCCCAAACCCGUUCUAGAAAGAUUUUUUGCCAAGGAACCCCUUGCUGACCUGGUACAAGGUCACUGUUGAGAAGGUAGUCUGUUCCUGUUGGGAAACGGAUGGCUUAUGGAGGACAUAGAAAUAG